GCCAUGUUCACACACUGCACUACAUCCUUAAUUUACAAAGGGGCUCGAAAAAAACACUCGGCGUUUUACUGAAAAAAAUCAUUUCUCUACUCUCAAUAAAUUUUUUUUUUGUGAAAAUUUCAACAAUUUUUGGGACAUGUGGUUCAAGAAUAACAGAAUUUAUCAACAUGAGCUUCUGGCAACGAAGGCGUUUUCGUAUAACACCGCUUCGUGCGCUGGUGGCAAUUUUAUUUGUCAGCUUUGUUUUGUGGUAUAGCCUAAGUAAGGAGGAAAUUCCAAAACAGCCGUGCAGUGUUCCUGAAGAAUUUACCGAAAGAUUGCACGAAUUAACGUUCAGGGUUCACUUGGUAUUGACGAAAUUGAGCCUUGUGCAUUUUUUAUGCUUCGGAGGACUCUGGGGACAAUUGCGAAUAGGUCGUGCCCUGCCUUGGGUUCGAAAAGUAGAUUUGUGUUUAGUCGACACUUUGAGAGAUGAUGCACUCAUUACCAAAGCAUUUAGAGAAGAAAGUUUAAGUGCCACUUAUAUGCAUGCUGCGGGAAUUUAUCUCGUUCAGGAGCAUGAAGUUGGCGAAGAUGCACCAAAAGUGGAAAUUAUAGUCUUCGAAGAAGACACAGUUACUCAAAUGGUGAGAAGGGUAGGUUGGACCAGAAGGGUUUUGCCACCUGAUUGCGAACUAUCUCCUAGUCUACAAUGCUUUCCACCACAAUUGGUAAUUUCACCAUUGCCAAUGAAGCAAUUCGGUGGUCACUCGAUACCAGUCCCAAGAGAAGGUAUCGAACUCCAAAAGUAUCAUUACCCCAAUGACUGGUGGCUAGAGGUCAAACCCACUGACUGCUUCGAUCCAGAGAAAAUUGAUACUUAAUCAUAUCACAAAAAAUACUAUUUACAAAAAAAAAAUUCAACAUUUUUGUUUUCCACAAAUUUUUCAAAUACUAUAUAAAAAAAUUUGUUUUCCCUUUUUAUGUGCAAUUUAUAUAUUUGUAAUUUUACUUUAACA